CGCCAACUCACCAUCAAGAUUUCCUCCCAUUAAUUUCCUUUCAUUUUGAAGUCAUUUUAAUUUAAGUUGAUGGCUCACAAUCACACACUUCCAAACAUGGAAACAAUCACAUCAUCCAUCGAAAGCUCUCUCGAAAAUGGUUCCUUAAACCACCUGAAAAUGAGCAGCAGCAGCGGCAGCAACAGCGGCGUUACCGUAGGCGGAAGUGGCGGCGCUGUCACAGGUCAAUGUGGCUCGGAUUCACAAAAAAGACAUCAUUUCUCCAAGACCAUAGAACUCAAAUCCGAAAUCCCGCUCCCAGAAUACUGGGAGCAAUUCCUUGAUAUGCAGACCGGCGAAAUAUAUUACAAAAAUAGGAAGACUGGGAUAAAAGUGACUGAAGAUCCGAGGACCACCGCAGCAGAAGAUGAUCGCGGUUCAUACGACCGUCAAGGGUCGUCAUCAGAAUCAACUGCUUCAUCUUCAACUGAUAGAUGGAGCCAUAAAGGAGAUCGCUUCGUGGAUGAGUUCACCAUAUUUGUGGCAGUAGGAUGCAAGGAGUGUUUAAUGUACUACAUGGUGCCCAAGCUAAGUAAGGAUUGCCCCAGAUGUCAUGGUCCACUCCUGCGUUUCUGAUGCAUCAGAAAAGGCCUGUCUUGAAUUGUUCUCAUUUCCGUUUUUUUUUUUUAAUUUUCUGUCUCUGUUCUUGGAUAAAUUUAUUGGACUUUAAUCUGUGGAUCGAUUAUUAUUUAUCUGGGCGAUGAUGGGACCAUAGAGUUUCUUAAAUGGGACAAAAAG